GCAGCAAGUCUGAGCGUCACAACCGCAUAUAUUUGACUUUCUUCGGGCUUCAACGCAUUAAUUAUACGGCUCUGUAGCUCUCAUCCAGCGAAGACAAGGAUUUUACCACUGAAGCAGAAUGCGACACAGCUGCUGUUCGGAGUAUUAUCUACAUAUGACCUUCCUCAAACCUGCCUUCUAGGAUCGGACCUCGGACCGAUAGAUAUUGGGCGGUGAUUGCCUUUUUCGAUUUUUGCCUCUUACAUUGUCCUCAGAGGAUGAACGUAUCGACAGCCUACAUAGCGGCCUCCACGAAUCGGUUCUGUCAAGCUGCUGAUGCUUCGCAAGCUUCACUUAUCGCGUUUGGCUCCGCGAAUCUAGUUUGUCUCUGGGACCUCACUGGAGAUCCUGAUCCAGGUCCUUAUCAAACAUUACCUGGCCACGAAGGGACUGUGACCAGCGUCAAGUUCGUCUCAGAUGAUUCGUUUGUUACUGCCGACGACAAGGGUAUGGUGAUAUAUUGGACAAGAGAUGGGUUACAUGAUCAGUGGAGGUCAAGUAAGGUUCAAGCACACCCGAAAGCAGUCUCGUCCUUAUGUGUUCAUCAUGAGUGUCUUGCGACGGGCUCUUCUGAUUCUUCAGUCAAAAUUUGGAAAGUAGGAACAGAUGAGGUGGUCGAGGUCCAAUCCAUACCACUGAAGGGCAAAUAUCCACUGUCUAUCGCCCUUUCUUUCCUUCCUCAGUCUGAAAGUCUUAUCCUCGCCAUUGCAUGUACAGAUCGAAAUAUUCAAAUCUGGACAAGGUCCGACGACACAUUCAUAAAAUCUGCUGUACUUUCCGGACAUGAUGACUGGGCCCGAUGCCUUGCGUUCCGACCUUCACUUCAAGAAAGCGAGCCCUUGGUUCUCGCGUCAGGAUCUCAGGACACGACUAUCAGGCUGUGGAAUAUCGAACCUUACAAACGCGAGACCGGGAAAUCUUCCUCGGCGUCUGCAGAUGCUCUAAGUGAUGAACUUUUGGAUGCUUUCGAAGCUUCUCUGGGUGAACUAGCUGAUGCCGAAGAGGGUGGCCGUCAGAUUUCUUUGAAACGACAUAUUUUGACCGUCAAGACAUCCGCCUCCGGUUCUCAACAGUUCUCAAUCACUUUUGAUGCACUCCUUGUUGGUCAUGAAGCAGGUGUCACUUCUCUCAGUUGGCGGCCGGCAACAUCAGCAUCGUCGACAGCGACUCUACUAUCUUCGUCCACUGAUUCUUCCGUUAUCCUUUGGUCUCCGUCAACGGUGCUAACCUCUUCACAUGAUACGUCCACUGCGAUCUGGAUCAAUCGGCAGCGAUUUGGGGACAUUGGCGGGCAGCGCUUGGGCGGAUUUGUCGGAGGUCUAUGGGGUAAAGAGGGUUCUGAGGCAUUCGCCUGGGGUUGGUCCGGUGGCUGGAGGAGAUGGCGGUGUUCUGCUGAUGAAAAGGAAACUUGGACUGAAGUGCAUGCAAUCACUGGACACAGCGGGCCCGUUCGGGGAAUCUGUUGGAGCCCUGAUGGGCAGUUCUUGAUAUCAGCUGGAUUGGAUCAGACUACACGUAUACAUGGUCCUAUAACACACCAAAAUGGUCGCACAACAUGGCAUGAGCUCGCCAGACCGCAAGUCCACGGGUACGAUCUUCUGGGGGUAAGCUUUUUAGACAACCUCAAGUUUGUUAGUAUCGCGGAUGAGAAAGUGGCGAGAGUGUUUGAGGCUCCGCGAAGUUUCAUAGAUGUGGUAGAAGCACUGGGUGUUGCACGAUUUUCCGCUGCUGAUCAUCAACGUCCAUCCCGAGCUAGCGUUCCGCCCCUGGGUUUGUCGAACAAAGCCACCGCUGAUGCCUCUACGACCGUUGAUGAAGCUUCCCCAUCCACUCGGCCUCUGGAAGGGGAACUUGCCGCCACUACUCUUUGGCCAGAAAUAGAAAAGGUAUUUGGACAUGGAUACGAGUCCAUCACUAUUGCUACGUCCAACUCACGCAGUCUGGUAGCGACUGCUUGUAAGUCAACGUCACCAGAGCACUCUGUCAUUCGUAUAUGGGACAUAGAAACCUGGCAACCAUUCGGAGAACCUCUCGCCGGGCAUUCACUGACUGUCACGCGGAUAGCAUUCAGUCCUGACGACCAAUUUUUACUGUCUGUUUCCAGGGACAGAACAUGGCGUCUGUUCCGAAGGAACGAUUCGACUCCAGGUUAUAGCGCAGCAGCCGCAGACAAAAGUCACUCUCGAAUCAUUUGGGACUGUGCAUGGGCACAUGAAGGCGAUGUUUUCGUUACGGCGUCUCGCGAUAAGACGGUUAAAAUAUGGCAGUCUGGCACUGAUGGAAAUUGGAAAGCUAUUGUUAACAUCAAAGUGGCGGAGGCCGCAACGGCUGUUGAAAUCUCGACUGUUGACAAACAAAAUAGACGGUACCUUGCUAUCGGCCUUGAAACCGGAGAAAUACUGGUGUAUUCAAACACGAUCCCAACAACAGAUUGGCGGCAUCAAUUGACAGUAAAUGCUGGCAUGGCGCAUGUCAACCAUAUUCACCGCCUCAGUUGGCGACCUUCCGCGGUUGAAGUUACUCGGAAAGAGCUCGCUAGCUGUAGUGAAGAUGGUACAUUGAAAAUAGUAAUCGUCCACAUGAGUAUGGAUUGAUAACCAUCCAAAUGGAAUGAAAUGAGAGCUGCUAUACAGUGGUGAGAGAAAUAAGGGGAUGAAACUAGUAAUGAAACAAUCUGGGAGGCGCGCAGGUGCAGUAUAAGGGUAUCGAACAGUGAGAUGCGAGUAUAAUAGGCGUAGCAGACGACGAUAGAAGACGAAUAGAGCAUUGUGCGAUAGGGAUACAAGAACACAGAAUGGUGAUCAAUUUAGACAAUGUCACGGAGACUGAUAGG